GGGUGGAGUGGGAGCGCGUGUGUGUGCGAGUGUGUGCGCGCCGUGGCGCCGCCUCCGCCCGCCCCCAGCUCGGUCCCGCUCGCUCGCCGCGGCCGGGCGGCCCUUUCGCGUGUCCGCGCUGCCUCCCCUCCUCCUCCUCCUCCAUUUUGCGAGCUCGAGUCUGUGACUGGAGCCCGAGUCACCGCCCGCCCGUCGGGGACGGAUUCUAGAGGGUGGAAAGAGACGCCGCCGCCGGAGCGGCCGGAGCGGCGGGGCGCCAGCCCGGAGGACGCGCACCUAGGAGCCCUGGCCCGCGGAGACGGGCGCGGGGCUGGGGGCUGGCUUGUCAGCCGGGAAAUGGGAGUCUUUUUUAAAUAGGGGCUCUCCCUUCCCCCCGUGGAGAAGGGGGCGGCUGUUUACUUCCUUUUUUUAGAAAAAAAAUCUCUCCCUCCCGCUCCUCCUGCUUUCACACGCUAAGUUGUUUAUCUCAGCUGCGGUGGGCGCUGCGGACGGUGGAGGGCGAGCGGCGCCGCUGGCAGAGCUAAUAUUCCCUGAUGGACCCCAAGGAAUCUUUAAGCACCCCCAGUAGAGAAGAGAUCCCCAGCAGUGUGCUUGUUCGGGAGAGGGGAAAUGUGGUGGACUUCUAUAAAACCCUAAGGGGAGGAGCUACUGCGAAGGCUUCUGCAUCUUCACCCUCACUGGCUGCCGCUUCACAGUCAGACUCCAAGCAGCAGAGACUUUUGGUUGAUUUUCCAAAAGGCUCAGGAAGCAACAACGCGCAGCAGCCAGAUCUGUCCAAGGCAGUUUCACUCUCAAUGGGACUGUAUAUGGGAGAGACAGAAACAAAAGUGAUGGGAAAUGACCUGGGAUUCCCACCGCAGGGCCAAACCAGCCUUUCCUCUGGGGAGACAGACUUUCGGCUUCUGGAAGAAAGCAUCGCGAACCUCAAUAAGUCGACCAGUGUUCCAGAGAACCCCAAGAACUCGGCACCUGCUGCCGUGUCUGCUGCCCCCACAGAGAGGGAAUUUCAAAAGACUCACUCUGACGUGUCUUCAGAACAGCAUCAUUUGAAGGGCCAGACUGGCACCAACGGGGGUAAUGUGAAGUUGUAUGCCACAGACCAAAGCACCUUUGAUGUUUGGAGGAAAAAACUCCAGGACUUGGAGUUUCCUUCUGGGUCCCCAGGUAAAGAAACGAGUGAGAGUCCUUGGAGCUCAGACCUCUUGAUAGAUGACAACUGUUUGCUUUCUCCUUUGGCAGGAGAGGGUGACCCGUUCCUUUUGGAAGGAAGCUCAAAUGAGGACUAUAAGCCUCUUGUUUUACCGGACACUAAACCUAAAGUUAAGGAUAAUGGAGAUCUGAUCUUACCAAGCCCCACCAGUGUGCCAGUGCCCCAGGUGAAAACAGAAAAAGAAGAUUUUAUUGAACUCUGCACCCCUGGGGUAAUUAAGCAGGAGAAACUGGGCCCAGUUUACUGUCAGGCAAGCUUUUCUGGGGCAAAUAUAAUUGGUAAUAAAAUGUCUGCCAUUUCUGUUCAUGGUGUGAGUACCUCUGGGGGACAGAUGUACCACUAUGACAUGAAUACAGCAUCCCUUUCUCAACAGCAGGAUCAGAAACCUAUUUUUAAUGUCAUUCCACCACUUCCUGUUGGUUCAGAAAAUUGGAAUAGAUGCCAAGGAUCUGGAGAUGAUAACUUGACUUCCUUGGGGACUUUGAACUUCCCAGGUCGAUCGGUUUUUUCUAAUGGCUACUCAAGCCCUGGAAUGAGACCAGACGUCAACUCUCCUCCAUCCAGCUCUUCAGCGGCCACGGGACCACCUCCCAAACUCUGCCUGGUGUGCUCGGAUGAAGCUUCGGGAUGUCACUAUGGGGUCCUGACUUGUGGAAGCUGUAAAGUAUUCUUCAAAAGAGCAGUGGAAGGUAGACAGCACAAUUACCUUUGUGCUGGAAGAAAUGAUUGUAUCAUCGAUAAAAUUCGAAGGAAAAACUGCCCCGCCUGCCGCUAUAGAAAAUGUCUUCAAGCUGGAAUGAACCUGGAAGCUCGAAAAACAAAGAAGAAGAUAAAAGGAAUUCAGCAGGCCACUACAGGAGUCUCACCAGACACUUCUGAAAACCCUGCUAACAAAACAAUAGUUCCUACAACAUUACCACAACUCACGCCUACCCUGGUGUCACUGCUGGAGGUCAUCGAACCUGAGGUGUUAUACGCAGGGUACGACAGUUCUGUUCCGGAUACGACGUGGCGGCUCAUGACCACACUCAAUAUGCUAGGGGGGAGGCAGGUGAUUGCGGCAGUCAAGUGGGCAAAGGCCAUACCAGGAUUCAGGAACUUACACCUGGAUGACCAAAUGACCCUACUUCAGUAUUCGUGGAUGUUCCUCAUGGCAUUCGCCCUGGGAUGGAGAUCCUACAGACAAUCGAACGCAAACCUGCUCUGUUUUGCUCCUGAUCUGGUUAUUAAUGAGCAGAGAAUGGCUUUACCCUGCAUGUAUGACCAAUGUAAACAUAUGCUGUAUGUUUCCUCUGAGUUACACAGGCUUCAGGUAUCUUACGAAGAGUACCUCUGUAUGAAAACCUUACUGCUCCUCUCUUCAGUUCCUAAGGAAGGUUUGAAGAGCCAAGAGCUAUUUGAUGAGAUUAGAAUGACCUACAUCAAAGAGCUAGGAAAAGCCAUUGUCAAGAGGGAAGGGAACUCCAGUCAGAACUGGCAGCGGUUUUAUCAACUGACAAAACUCUUGGACUCCAUGCAUGAUGUGGUUGAAAAUCUCCUUAAGUAUUGCUUCCAGACAUUUUUGGAUAAGUCCUUGAGCGUUGAAUUCCCAGAGAUGUUAGCUGAAAUCAUCACCAAUCAAAUACCAAAAUAUUCAAGUGGAAAUAUCAAAAAACUUCUGUUUCAUCAAAAGUGACUGCCUUAAGAAGAAAGGUUUGCCUUAAAGAAAGUUGAAUUUAUAGCUUUCAUUGUACAAACUAUCAAUCUGUCCUGUAGCAGUUUUGUUUAUCAUUUUUCUUUUUGUCCGGGUUUUGUUGUUUCGUUUUGUUUUUGAAUACGCACUACAUGUGGUUUACAGAGGGCCAAGACUUGGCAACAGAAGCAGUUGAGCCAUCACUUUUCAGUGAUGGGCAAAGUAGAAAGUGAUAGUUGAUGAAUCCCAAAAAAUUAGACGCAGUACCACGGGGGUAACCUCCACUGUCAGAGAAGGAUGGCACCUAAACCACCAGUGCCCCAAAUGUGUGUGACGAACUUUCUGCUCAGACUUCUCAGAGUUGGCUGGACAAAAAUCUUCUCUAUUUUUUGUUGGCCUAUCUCCCCCUGUAUAGUUAGGGUAGCAUUUUUUGAUUUAUGCAUGGAAACCUGAAAAGUUUACAAGUGUGUAUCAGAAAAGGGAAGUUGUGCCUUUUAUAGCUAUCACUGUCUGGUUUUAACAAUUUCCUUUCUAUUCAGUGAACUACGCUUGCUCAUUUUUUCCUACAUAAUUUUUGUACUCAAGUUAUUGUACAGCUGUUUAAGAUGGGCAGCUAGUUCAUAGCUCUCCUAAAUAAACUCUAAACAUUAAUCUUCUGUGUGAAAAUGGGUUGGUGCUUCUAACCUGAUGGCACUUAGCUGUCAGAAGACCACAAAAAUUGACUCAAAUCUCCAGUUUUCUUGUCAAAAAGCUCAUAUUUUGUAUAUAUCUGCUUCAGUGGAGAAUUAUAUAGAUUGUGCAAAUUAACCGUCCUAACCAGUGUAGAGCACCUAGUCCAGUGACCUGCUGGGUGAACCAUAGGUGAUGGUUUCAAAAAAAAAAAAAAAACUACCAAUAGGCCCUGUUUGUAUCUAACGCCCUAUCUCUGCAAUGGUUAGAUGGCAAGAAAGUUGGGAAGCUGUCUUUCAGGACCUUUUGUUGUAGUUUGUAUAACUUCUUAAAAGUUACGAUUCCAAAUGACCAGCUGAAACACAGCUGAGAGAUUUUCAUCAGACCAAGUAAUUCCUCGCACUAAACUUCGCCCCCAAAAAACAAAUCUCUAAUACAGCAAAAGUGGCUAGACACCCAUUUUCACAUUCCCAUUUGUCACCAACUGGUCUACCUUUCCUGGGGGUACAGGAAAGGUCAGCGACUAAUUUUUCUGACUUAGAGCUGUAUGUCAGACUUCCAUGUUCAUAAAACUAUACAUCCGUCACAUCCCUGUGUGUGCCAUAGAGUUUAACAAAAGUCAUGUGAAUUUCUCCUCCUCGAUGUUGGAAAUUAUUUUAAACAAGAUAGAAGCUGUAGUAGCCCUUUCUGUGUGCACCUUACCAACUUUCUGUACAUUCAGAAUGUACUUAACUAAGCCACGAGAAAUCUGAUUUCUGUUCAAUGUGGCCAAAUUAUUUGUGUAAUAGAAAACUGAACAUCUAAUAUUAAAAAUAUGAAACUUCUAAUAUAUUUUUAUAUUUAGUUAUAGUUUCAGAUAUAUAUCAUAUUGGUAUUCACUAAUCUGGGAAGGGAAGGGCUACUGCAGCUUUACAUGCAAUUUAUUAAAAUGAUUGUAAAAUAGCUUGUACAGUGUAACAUAAGAAUGAUUUUUAGAUGAGAUUGUUUUAUCGCGACAUGUUAUAUAUUUUUUGUAGGGGUCAGAGAAAUGUUGAUGGAUAACCUAUACGAUUUAUAGUGUGUGCAAGCAUUCAUACAGGCAGAAAUGGUCUCAAACCAAAAAGGUUUGCUCUCAAGGAAGAGGGAAACGGAGACUGGCCCCAUGUGCAGUGAAGGUUGCUGAGGCUCCGUCCCAUUCAGAUCACGGAGGAAGUCAUCCUCUGCCUCCCAGACUGACCACCCUUCUCAUUCCAGCAGUGAGUCUGUCGGCACAGGUUUAGUUUACUAAAUCUCCUCUUGUGCUCAAGUAUAUGAACGGGGGACAGAGAAAGGUGGUGUUUACACACUUACAAGCACCAUCACACACAGCCUCUCCAACAAUUUAAUAAAUCCAGAGGCUUUAGAAGUUUGGCAAUAAUAUGGAUAGAGGUACCAGCAACGUGUAAAUAGUGCAGAAUCUCCUAGGUCGCCAAUAAUACACUAAUUCCUUUCUUUCCUACAAGGGUUCAUUUCCGAAUAAAACGAGGACAUGUGUGUAUCCUUUCUUUUAAUGCUUUUGAAUGUUAUUUGUUAUUUUUCAGUAUUUUGGAGAAACUAUUUAAUAAAAAAUGUCAUCAUUUGCUUUUUGAAUGCUCUCUAAAGGGGGCUGUACCUUUUGUAAUCGUUUAAAUUGAUCUCAAAGUAUUUUCAGAUAGUUUGUAACCGAGCUGGAUGUGAAUUUUUCAUGCCUAAGAAAUACUGCUUGAAUAUUAUCAAUGACAGUGUUAAGUUAAGUUUCAAAAAAAGCUCCUGAAAGAUACAUUUUUAUUCAUUUAUAGAAUGUUCUAUGGUUAAAAUCAGAAAGCACACCACACGUUAAUCUUAAUUUUGGUCCCAACAACUUGGCUCCAAAAAAAAGAGCUCAGAGAAAAAAAGAUGUGUGCACUUUGUUGUUAGAAGGAAAUGAACUGACAUUCAUAAAACUAUAGGAGGCUGUACAUUAAAUGCAAAUAAAAGCUGUGUCCUUUUAGAUUAUGUGAGAAAGAAAAAACUUACCUUCAUCACGUUUGGUAUAAUUAAUUAUGGAUUUAAGUGGAAAAUAAGCUAUGGUGCUAUUUGAAAGCAGCUUCAUUUUCUAUGUAUGUGGUAUCUUGCCAGCCCAAACUAUUGUAGGAUUUUCAGUGAGAGGCGGCAUGCCUAGGUGACUUAAAUCCUAAACAUUUUUAAUUACUGGUGGAAAAAAGUGACCCUCUCAAGUGUUUUUAGGCCUUGCUAUGGGGUACUAUUCAGGUGCUUUGGGGAUAUAUACAUACUCAAUUAUCUAGAACUAUGGGAGGGGAACCAAAAAGAGCACCUGCCUUCUCCUAAAAAAAAAAAAGAAAAAGAAAAAGAAAUUGGCACCCCAGAAGGAAAACUAGCAUGAUUAGUGCCUAGGAAGACCUUGAUAUUUAGCAUAGGAUGAACUCUGGAUAUGCAUAGAAAGGAAAGCCAGCCUCACCUCCGAACUGGGGGAUGGGAGGAUAAGCAACUCCAACUUUACUCAUCCGUCUAUACAUCUUCUUGUCAUUUAGUCUUACCAUUUUAGUUCUCUUAAAUAUCCUAAAACUACAUCACCAUGGAGUGAACAAUAUUACUACACUCUGAUCUAUCACAAUUCAAGAAUUGUGGCAGCCCUCAAUGAGAUUUCGAUCCUGGUAGGUCACCCAGGAGACCGUAGGUGUAGAUGAAUGUGUUUUUAUGUGCCUGGUUUGAGAGUCAAAAGGGAAAAUAAAGAGUGUAAGGAGGACACUUUAACCACUUAGAAUGGAAGUUUCAUCAUUUUCCAGACUAUUUCCAGUCAGCCUGGUCCACCAAGGAUUAGUGACCAGGUUUUUGGGAAAGGAUUAGCUUCUCUAGAAAAUGCCUCAAAGACAGAUUUUAUUUUCUGAUGAUUGAUAGGCUGUAUGAAAUUACUCUCCUCAAAUAACUUGCUUACCUACAUAUAGAGUCAAGUGUGUCAAUAUUCUAUUUUGUAUAUUAAACAAAUGCUAUAUAAUGGGGACAAAUCUAUAUUAUACUGUGUAUGGCAUUAUUAAGAAGCUUUUUCAUUAUUUUUUAUCACAGUAAUUUUAAAAUGUGUAAGAAUUAAAACCAGUGACUCCUGUUUAAAAAUGAAAGUUGUAGUUUUUUAUUCAUGCUGAAUAAUCUGCAGUUAAAAAAAAAGUCUUUUUACCUACGCAGUGAAACGUCAGACUGUAAAUGUAAAAUCUUGUGUGGCAAUGUUUAACUUUUCUUUUCCAUUUAAAUUUGCUGUUCUGGUAUUACUGAACCACACAUUUGUACUGAAUUGGCAGUAAAUAUUAGCUAGCGAUUUACAGCAACGACAAAUAUGGAAAAACAUCGUAAUAAAAAAAAUCUGCUUUUUCA